UCGGCUCGGCUCGGGGGGAGGCGCCGCGUGUCUUGGACGCUGCGUCAGCGGCAGCGGGAUGGGGCUAGCGGAGCCGGGGGAGCCGGGCCGGGCAGGCCCAUAGAGGAUCCCUGAUCUGCCGGGGCAGCACCCAGCGCCGAGCAUGGACCGGAGACCCCCCUGAGCUCAGCCCAGAGCAGCGCCGGGGGACCCCCAUCGGCACCGGCCAGACAUGUCCCCCACCCCCCACUCCUGCCCCCCCGGAUAACUCGUCCCCGGGCCGCGCAGGAGCCACGCUCGCCCCAGCAGCGCCCCCUGGUGGGCUCCCCUCGCGCCCCCGGACCUGGGCCGAGGGAAGAUGAGCACUAGCCCCCAGGAGGCGCUGAUCUCUGCCUUCCUGCAGUUCAUCGAGGAGCGGGGCAGCCGGGCCUACGGGGCGCUGAGCCAGACCCGCCAGCCGCUGCGCCACGACAUGAACCUGCUCUACCGCAAGGCCAAGCUGGAGUGCCGACAGCACAAGGACGAGGAGCCCAAAAAGGGCUCAGCCAAGGACCCGGGAGCGGGGAAGAUCCGGGAUGUGGCCUCCUUCCGCCGCCACUUCCGGAUGGGUUUCAUGACCAUGCCGGCCUCGCAGGAGCAUGCGCCCCACCCCUGCGCCAGCGGCAUGGCGCCCCGCUCCCUCUCCUGCCACUCGGUGGGCAGCGUGGAGAACGGCGAGGGGGCCGCCGGCACCAAGAAGCCCCCGGCCAAGCCCAAGCGCCACCCCAGCACCAAGCUCAGCAUGGCAAGCGAGGGGCAGGCGGCAGAGCCGGCCGGCAGCAAGAAAACCGGCCCCCAGAAGUCAUGCUCCGAGAGCCGAGAGCUGGGGCGCAAGGUGCCCCCCCAGAAACCUAAGCGCAGCCCCAACACCCAGCUCUCGGUCUCCUUCGACGAGACCUACUCCAGCCGCCCCCUGGCGACCCCCACGGGCGGGGGGCCACCGCCACGGUUCGGCCGGGCCUUCUCCCACGGCCACACCAAGGGCUCGGACCCCGAGGACGAGGAGCCCGUCUAUAUCGAGAUGGUGGGGGACGUUUUGCGGGGCGCUGGGGGGCCCCCGGCGGGGGAGGAGGACUCCGACGAGAGUGAGGCGAUCUAUGAGGAGAUGAAGUACCCGCUGCCUGAGGAGGCCAACGGUGUGCCCGCCACCCCCCGCCCGCGCCAGGCCAAGCUGGACAAGGGCAAGGCCUCCCCCUGCGACAUCCCCCCACCUUUCCCCAACCUGCUCCAGCACCGCCCGCCCCUGCUGGCCUUCCCCCAGGGCACAGGGCACAAAGGGUACAAAGCGGGCACCCAGGAGGCCUCCAAGCUUCCCGUGCCCUGCCACGCCAAGGAGGCGCCCGCUGUGCCCCAGCCACCGGGGCACCCAGCCCUGGUGCCCUCCGGCCGCGCCCGCAGCCACUCCACCCCGCUACCCCCGCAGCAGGCUGGGCAGCAGAAGGCGGAGAAGGAGCUGCCCAGUUCCCACAGCAUGAUCUGCCCCCCGUCCAAGCCACUGCCCUCCAUGCUGCCCGUGCCGCAGCCGGCCAAGGACAAGCCGGCGGUGUCCUACACCAUGGUGUACUCAGCCGUCAAAGUCACCACCCACUCGGGGCUGCCGGCCGAGCAGAAGACGGAGAAGGAGAUCUCGGUGCUGCACGGCAUGCUGUGUGCCCGGCCGGCCACCGUGCCCGUGGGCAAGCCGGCCCCGCGCCCCGUGCCGCCCCUGGGCAUGCUGUGGACUUACCCGGCCCCCUGCGGGGGAAUGAAGCGCCCGCCGGCCUACGAGAGCGUCAAAGGGGCCGGGGCCAAGGCGGCGGCAGCGCCCGUGGUGAAGUUCCAGCUGCAGGACCGCGGGGCCUUCGCCAGCAUCGCCUGCUCCCACGUGGUGGCUGGCGCCGACGAGGAGACGCUGGGCGUGGGGUGGGCGCUGCAGCGGAAGGGUCUCUACGCCAACCGGAAAGGCAAGGAGCCAGAGACAGAGCCCGCCGAGGGCGCCCGGGUCUGGAGCGGCAGCGGCGAGGCGCAGUUGAAGCCGGACAGGGAGGAGAAAGCCCUGGCGGGGACCUUGCUGUCGGGGAUCCCUGUGCGGGCCCCGGGACCCGAGGGAAUGGUGCCCAAGAUGCCGGGCUGCCGAACGGGGCUGCCUGUGCCAUGCCAGACCUUCCCUGCCUGCCACCGCAACGGAGACCUCACCGGAGGUUACCGCCUGGGCCGGUCGGCUUCCACCUCUGGGGUGCGACACACCGUGAUUCACACACAGAGGCCGUGCAGCCACCCCAAAGACGCAGCCAGCCUGGGCCUGCUGCCCCUGCCUGGGGUAGCGCCGGGUGCCCAGGAGCGGGACGGGAAGCUGCUGGAGGUGAUCGAGCGGAAGCGCUGCGUCUGCAAGGAGAUCAAGGCCCGGCACCGGCCCGAGCGCAGCCUCUGCAAGCAGGAGAGCAUGCCCAUCCUCCCCAGCUGGCGCCGCACCACGGACACCCGCAAGGCGGGCACGCCGCCCUGCCGGCGCCAGCACACGGUGCUGUGGGACACGGCCAUCUGACGCCGGGGCCACGGCCGUACUGCCUUGGGCCAGCCGGGGACAGCAGGCCCCUGCGGCCGGGGUGGGGCGGAGGGGGUGAAUUGCUGGCCUUUGACCCCUCCGGUCUUCCGUGGGGGCCAUCCCACGGCGCCCACAGCUGGAAAGAGCCGGUCGGCUGGGCCAGGGAUGCCGGACUGCGAGCGAGGCCUGGAUCGGAGGUAAAGGGGGGAGGAUGCCCAGCGGUGAUGGACCAUCGCCCCCUUUCCGCUGCCCCUGGACCGGAUCUAGGGUGGGGGUCACAACAAGGUGUUACCGGUGCCAGGCGCACCCACACCGCUGCCUUUCUGGAGGGAAGAGGGACAAGACUGGGGUGGCCAGGUUUGACAGAUGGGGGGGUUACAGAACAAAACUGACCCCCCCCCCGGCUGCCCCACUGACUCCCCAAUGUCUCCCCUCUGGCCCCACAGUGGGUACAGUCCUUCUCCUCAGCCGCCAAGUCCCAUUAGUGUUUUUAGACAGACGGCAGGACCGACUUGGGAUGCUGGCGCGCUCUCCGGACCCCAACCGCCAGGAUGCCUGGUUCUCCCGCCCCCUUGACGUAUUUAAUUAACUCACCAGGGGAUGGGAGGCUGUCUCAAGUGUAAGGAGAUGAUGAAACUGCUUUGCAAAAUAUUUAUGCUGGGGCGGGGCUUGGGGGGGUAAUUUAUAUAGAGAAAUAAAGCAUAAAGCAGCCUCUGCCCCUUCCUUUCUGCCCUGAUCUAUUUCAAAGGCAAACGAUUCUCCUGGGAGGGGCGGGGGGGGAGAGGUUCCGGAUUCAAUUCGGGGUUCGUCGGUUUAGAACGGGGUUGGUCUCUCUUCCAGACGCGGUUUCAGAGAAGAUGGAAAGCAGAGGGUUAUUUUAAAUGCAGCUGGAUUCACUGCUCUGUAGUGGACGGCUGGGAGGUGGUUACAGCAGGGGAGGCUGGGAACCAGGACUCCUGGGUUCUCUCCCCGGCUCUGGGAGGGGAGUGGGGGCUGGUGAGUUAGAGCAGGGGAGGCUGGGAGCCAGGACUCCUGGGUUCUCUCCCCGGCUCUGGGAGGGCAGGCGGGUCUGUUGGGUUAGAGCAAGGGGGCUGGGAGCCAGGACUCCUGGGUUCUCUCUCCGGCUCUGGAAAGGCAAUGGGGUCUGGUGGGUUAGAGCAGGGGGGCUAGGAGCUAGGACUCCUGGGUUCUAUGCCCAGCUUUGUCCCUGACGCAGUGUGUGACCUCAGGCAAGCCACUCUCACCCCUCUGUGCCUCCGCUUCCCCCAGACAGGCCUCAGCCAUGACGCUCUGGUUGCAAGGCCCGCAUGGCCAGAUCUCCCGCUCUCCGCCCGUUCGGCACACGGGGCAGCACUCUUCGCUAGCCCCGGUAGCCAACAGGUGCACGCGGCUUCGCUUUGACACACGCAGACAGCAGGACAUGGAGGCUGGCCCCAUUGAUCCUCCCAGCCCAUGAGGCGCUUCACACUCUGGCCGCGUUUUCACUAGGAGGCGGUGUUCUGAACACAUGGGUGGCUCCGAACGCAGAACAUGUGCUAGCAGUCAUCCGGGCCCGGGACGGAGUCUUGGGAUUGGGGUUUGAGCUGCUAACACAUGUGAAAUACACAAACAGCCACCUCCCCACACACCAGAGCACUCACCUUGUUUCCUAGCAUAGCAGGUAGGCACCAAAAAAAUCUAGCUCCGGGGCUGCUCCACGCCCCUUCCUGGCCGACCUGCACAGCGGUUGCCCAAGGGACUGUUUUUUCCAUCCAAAAAUGCUGUUUGGUGCAAAUGGCAACUUCCCAUAAGCAGGCGUCUGGUUGGCCGACAUUUCUUUUCAGCGCAACCUUUGGAGUUUUCACUUCAAAUUGUUUUAUUUCAGCUUAGAUUAUACAUGAUCAUCAUCUGUCAAAAUAAACUCAAAAUCAAUGUUUCUACUUUAGCUAGACAGAUUUUUAAAAAUGUAGAUGAUAUUAGUAACUAGACAGAUAUGAUUAUUAUAUAUUAUAAAUAAAAAUAUAACCACAUUUUUUUUAAAUUCUUCAGCUAAAAUAAGAACACUGUUUCAAUUUUGACUUUUUGUGUUUACAUAUAACCAUCAGAUCAUUAGAAACUUGUUUCAAUCAAAUUUUUAGCUCAUACAGAGUAUGAUAAUGCUAUUUAUGAUAUACUAUAAAUUAUAAUAUUUAAACAAAAAGGCCAAACUUCAAACACAAUUUUUUUUAAUUUUAGAUUAUAAUAGGUAUUAUAAAUAAGGAUUUGAUAUUUAUUGGUAAAUGUUGGUCAAUAUGGAUUUCACCAGCCACAAACAAACCAAGGAAAAAAUAUUUCCAUCAAUGAUAGUCAACGUUUACAGAUAGACAAAGUGAGAAAAAUGUGACUUGAGAACUUAUUUGAGUUGAAGGGUAUUUACUUUGUAUAUUUUCACGUGAUGUUGACAAUUUACGUUUUAACAGUUAUAAAGCUUUAACUUUUUGAAUCUCAGCCUCUACUGUCAUUAAUUAUUGUCUGACCCUCCAUAAUUUCUCGCAACUGUGAAAAUUUAGAGCAAUAAAAAUUGAAAAAAAAAUCCAUAAUUUUGUGCAAUUGUGAACAUUUAAACCAAUAAUAUAUAAAAAUGCCUAAAAAUAAAGAUAUUAUCUGUCAAAAUUAUUAACAAAUUCUCCCAAUCCUACAUAUAAUUUAUGAGCAAAUCUUAAACAAACAUGUUUUCAAUCAGACUUUUUUCAAUUUGAGAUUGAACUAUCAAUUUCCAUUCUAAAAUACUAUUAUUUAUGAUACAUUCUGGCUUUUUUCAAUUUUAGACUGAUUACAAAUACACGGGACCCUGGCUACAACGCGGGAUUUGGGAUCCAUGUGUGGUACCGCGUUAUAGUGGGGACUGCAUUAAAAUGAAUUGCAAUUAAUUAAAUUUGGGAUCCAUGGCCGCGACUGCGUUAUAUGCGAAUUCACGCUAUAUAGACGCGCGUUCUAGCGAGGGUCCAGUGUAUAUCAUAAAUACCAGCAUCAUGAUUAUCUUAGAAAUUAUCUAACUCUGAAACUGUCAGGUUGAAAUGAAAUGUUUCAUCUUCGAUGAUCUAAAUUGUAAUUAGAGAUGUUUUAUUCUUCUAUGGCGUAAAUUAUAAUGUGAAAAAAAUCAAAAGUCAAAAUUGAAACAAACAUUUAGCAUAAUGCAAUGAUUUCCUCAAGCUUCACUUAGCAGGGAAGUUAGAAAGUCUUUGCUUUUCAUUCUGAUCUGGAAGGAAAAGGGAUUUCAAAAUGACCACAUUUCCCACAGAACGAAAAUUCUGCCUCGGGGCCUUAUGUCUGCCCUAGGGCGACCAGACAGCAAAUGUGGAAAAUGGGGACAGGAGGUGGGGGGGGUACUAGGAGCCUAUAUAAGAAAAAGACCCCAAAAAUCGGGACUGUCCCUAUAAAAGCAGGACAUCUGGUCACCCUAGUCUGCCCUCACUCCAUUCCUAUCCCAAAGGACAAGGCGAGGAUUUGUGGUACCAUAACCCUCUGCCCCACACAGGAGUGUUACAUCCUCUAUUAAGAUGGAGGGACUCCUUAUCUCGCCACAUGCAGGCAGCUACACAAACAAAAGCCAAUCGAGUUGGAGGUUAUUUUGGCAGCUUUGUGGAGAGGUGGCUUCUUAGUUUCUUUUUGCAUUUUGGGAGCCGGGGCGGGGGAGGGGGUCAUACUCUGGACUCCUAGGUUCUAUCCCUAACUCUGGGAGGGAAGUGAUAACUAGUGGUUAGAUCAGGGGGUGCUCGGAGUUGGGAUUCCUGGGUUUUGUCCCCAGCUCUGGGGUGGGGUGAGAAGUAUGGUCUGGUGCUUACAGCAAUGGAGACGGGGAGUCAGGACUCCUUGGUUCUAUCCCAGCUCCACCCCUGCUCCACUGUGCAACCCCCAGCAGGUCGCUUCAUCUCUUGGUGCCUUGGUUUCCCCUCUCGCCGCAUCGCAGCAAUGGCGAGGCUGGACGGCUGUCCCUACGGCGCUUUGGGAUCCAGAGACAAGUGAAGGAUUGUUCCUCAAAUUACCUUUCUUUCCAGCCAGUCAAGGCAAGUCGCUUUGCCACCGGGCCAGGGCAUGGUCUCUGCUGAGGGAGCUCCCGGGGCUGUAGAACAAAGGACAAGGACAAUGGAUUUAAAGUAGGGUCACUCCAAAAACAAACACACAAACGUGUUGCCAAAAAACCAAGAUCCCAAGUGUUGAACUGCCUCUGUAUUUAGGAUUCUUUAUUUUUUGGGAAGGGGGAUUUCUUUUGUAAAGUGAUUCUGUGCACUAUUAAAAGAGAAAGCAGCGAACUAGCCUCUCUG